AUGGCCUUCAACCCUGAUAGCAGUAUUUUGUUUCAAGUGCUUUCUAAAGCUGCCUUGUUUACUAACAGAUACGAUGGACUGCGCUAUGGUCUUCGUGCGGAUCCCUCGGAGGAUUUGAAAAAACAGCUGGCUCACCUCAACAUGGAUACCUCCGAUGGCCUGAUGGCUGCUUCCCGUCAACUCGGACUCGGUCCAGAAGUGAAGAGGCGUAUUCUGGCGGGCAACUUCUUUCUUCUGCGUUCCCAACAGCACAAAUAUCUUGAUGCAGCUCGGCGACUUUGGAGGCUGAUAAGACGUGAUUUUGACCAGGUCUUCACUGAAGUGGACUUCUUAUUGACACCCGUCAGUCUGCACUCCGCUCCCCUUCUGGAGGAUUUCCGCCGACUGGAUAGUCGUAGUCGAUGCAGCCGUGAAGACGUCUGCACCGUGGGCGUCAACCUCGCCGGCCUGCCUGCAGUUACAAUUCCCAUCAAGUUGUCAAACCAGCCAGAAACAAUCGGCCUCCCCAUAGGGCUGCAAGUGAUUGGGCCGCCAUGGUCAGAGCCGCGGCUGCUCCAUCUCGCAGACCUUAUUGAAGAACGCGCUAAUUUCCCUUUGCUGUUUGAUAUUCCAACAGCGUUAAACUUGAAAUAG